CAGAUGGUGUGUGUACUGGAACGCUCACACACACGCACACACGCACACGCACACACGCACACACACGCCUUGACCUAGAAGAAAGAAGGGACGUCAAGACACAAGAUGGGGUGUUACUCCCUCGUCACCCUCGCUGUUCUGGCGUCUCUCUCCCUCUCUACCGCCCUCCCCAGCCCCCAGUCGGCAACCAGGGGGCGCCCACACAUCCCCCUCACCCCUAGCAAGCCCUACAACCCUGAGGCAGGCCCUGGAAUCACUCAUGCAGCCCUUAAUGUACCUCAAGGUCUACAAGGUUUCCAGUCUUUAGGUGUUGCCCCAAAGCAAAAUUUAGACUCAGGUUCUGGUUUCAAGGAGUUUAACGCCUUCUCAGCAUCAAACAGGGGUGGCCACGGGGGCGGUGGUGUCCCUGGGGGUUUUCAGUCCUUCCCUGGGGCCGCUGGAGGGCAUGGGGGUGCUGUGGGAGGCGGGGGAGUCGGGUACGGUGGAGGCAAGCCAGGGGGGUCUCCUUUUAAUCACAAGAAGCCAAAUGGACCGCAAGAUUACAGCUUCCCUAUUCAGCCCCACACCUUCGGGUACACAGUGCACGACCCUUACUUCGGGGACUCGCACCAGCACCAGGAGGUCAGUGACGGCACCACGACGAAGGGAGAAUAUAGGGUAGCUCUCCCUGACGGACGGACUCAAAUUGUUACUUAUUCUGCAGAUUCCAGCACGGGUUUUAAUGCACAGGUUACUUAUGAGGGUGAAGCAAAGCCGUACGUCCCCCAAGACAGUAGCAAGGGUGGGUACGGAGGUCAGGGUGCACAGGCAGCGCCGCACGGGGGUCAGAAGUACGGUGGUAGUGGUGGUGCAGCUUACGGAGGUGGUAGUAGUGGUGGUGCGGGUUACAGUGGUGGGGGUGUUGGGUACGUGAGGUAAGGCUUGUGUGGGUGUGUUUGUGUUUGUGUGUUUGUGUUUGUGUGUGUGUGUGUGUGUGUGAGUGAUGAAUGAAAAAUGAAAGAUAUAUAGAGAGAAAGAAAGAAAGAAAGAAGGUAAAAUUAAUAAAUGAGAGAGAGAGAGAGAGAGAGAGAGAGAGAGAGAGAGAGAGAGAGAGAGAGAGAGAGACAUUUUCUAUUUUUUUCUCUCUCUUUAAAAGUUACUUCUUUCUCUUUCUCUCCCUCUCUCCUGCAUCUUUCAUUGUGUGUGUGUGUGUGUGUGUGUGUGUGUGUGUGUGUGUGUGUGUGUGUGUGUGUGUGUGUGUGUGUGACGAAAAAUUCCUUGAUACACACUCUCUCUCUCUCUCUCUCUCUCUCUCUCUCUCUCUCUCUCUCUCUCUCUCUCUCUCUCUCUCUCUCUCUCUCUCUCUUUACGUAUUCAGUGAGUGUAUUCUACAAAGACUAGAGAGAGAGAGAGAGAGAGAGAGAGAGAGAGAGAGAGAGAGAGAGAGAGAGAGAGAGAGAGAGUAAAAAUAAUAUCUUUUGAGAAGGAAAUAGCAAAACACUUUUAUUUCAUUUUAUUUUUAUUAUAUUUAAAAAAAAACACAGGAUCACACACGACUUGACAAUUCUCGUUUUCUUUGUUAAGUUUGUAAGCGUAUAGAAAACGGAGCGAGGUUGCCUAUGUAAUAUUGUAUACAAAGAAAAAGCUGUUUUAUUUAUUUAUUUAUUUUUUUUUUGUUUAUUUUUUUUUAUUCUAUUGACGAUAAAUAUAAGAAAAAGGGUUAAUAUAUUUGUGAGCGACGAAGAAAAUUGACACAGUUGAUAUUAGAAUGAAAAUAGUGAUAGAAAAAAUAAAUACGUUUGUGAAUAGUGGAAAAUUUUUUGCUUAAUGUUCAUAUUAGAACUGAAAUACUGAUGAAAUUGAAUUAGACUGUAAAUAAUAAUAAUAAAAAAAAUAUAUCUAUAUGCUAAUGCGUAGAAAAUGAACAGCGACAACAAAAUGAAUAAAUAUAAUAGAAAUUUCUUGAUAAAUUAUAACAUAUGAAAAAAAUGGAAUAAUUAUAUUUGUGGGUGAAUGAAAAUAAUAGUUGUUUUAGUAAGAUAAUUACUUAAAAAUGAUUGUAGUGAAGCCCAUACCAUAGAAGUUACAUAUUAGUUUAAGAUUACUGUUAAAAAUUACGAUUGUUAACCUCAUAAAUAAAUAAAAAACACAUGUAAAUCUUAAUGAAAUGAUGUUAAAUUGAUAUCUUAAUGUUUACAUCGUAAGAAUUAGUGUUAAAUUACUAAAAAAGAAAUGGUGUUUUGUAAAUGGUUAAAAGAAUUCUUGGUGUUGUUGAAAUAUAAAUAAAUGAAAAAAAAUG